CGCCAGCGAGGAGUUCGUGCUGGCCGACGGGGGGCCCGACCACGUGCUGCUGCUGUCAGUCCCCCACCCGCCCCAGGGGGGCGCCGCCGACCUACACCUCGACGUCUCUACGGCUUCGGACGACACACCCGACGUCGUUCACCCGAACGUCACUCUACGACGGAAACCGGGCAACGUCGAGGACGACGCGUCCGAACUCAACGUGACGACCAUCAGCAUCGACGAAGACGCCUGCACCCGAGUCCCAGAUCAUACUUUGAUUUCCGAGUUGCGAGAUCCACAACUGUCCGUGGACGCGGACGACGGUCUGCGCCUAAGCGACAGUCCUACAAAAUGCGUGCAAGUGCUGACCAUCGUCAACGGCAAUGUUGACGACUCGGUCGAGCUCAUCUUCUCCGAGACGUCGGAUGACAAAACUGCAGUCGCAAUAGAAAGUGCGCUGCCCGUGAAUCGUACGGACUGGGCCGGAAAGGUGAGAGAUGGCCACGAACCGGAAACGCCGACCGGGGUUGCGGCCUCUGGAACUCGUGAGGCACUCGCGUCACAGCUACUUCUGGAAAUGGAAAGGCAAGAACACCCCACCUCGACCAACUGCGUCCAAGUCAUCAGCUGCGACAUUCAGCCGCCUGUAAAGGCCGAGAGAGGAAGCUCAGAGCCUGAAACUACAGACAACAAACUGCAGCUAGGUGCGGGUGAGGUGCUUAAGGAUGAGGAUCUGAAUGUGGCGACUUCUAGUGAGAAAUAUGCCAGCAGGGAAGAAGAGCCACUGUCCGACAACAAUCUUGUUGCAAAGGAAAUGAGCGAGUUUAGUGAACAGCGGGUGGAGGAUGUAGUUGUUAAUCACGAAGACACGACUGCAGAAUACGAGAAGGCAAUAGUCGACAAUGUACAAUCGAAGGAUUUGCAGAUAUCCUCCACAAAAGAGAACAUGGCCAAUGAACUACAUCCUGAGCUAUCGCCGAAAGAUGGUGGCUCUGAAACGGAGGCUACAGAACAGAAUCUAGAACCAGGUUCAACCAAUGGAGAUCCUGUGACAGCAGAGUACACCAGACGGGACACUGUGGAUUCUGCGAACGAUGAAGCGACACUCAGCGAGGACGUGACAGUGACUGGCCACCUGACGGACACGGUUGUUCAGAAGCCCGUCCCACGUGCCAGGCGGAAGCCCCCAGUUGUGGACAACGUCAGGGUCACGCUGGACUUCCUGGCAAGUGAGGCAGCACACUCAGCAGCACUCAAUACAGGCCAACUGUCGGACAGCCUGGGGACCGAGACACAAGAGGGCGCGAUUCCAGGAGAGGGUGGAGUGCAGCUGGUGGACACGGACUCUGUGGCAUCGACGGAGGAUCCGAAGCAGCCAGAGGGAUUACUCGACGCUGCAGAAGGAGUGGCUGCAACUGCCCAAGAAGGACAGUUACUCGGAGACCAUGGCGAGCGAGCUUUGCAAGUUGAGGAAAUGGUGGGGUCUCACAUAGAGGGCGACACUGCUUUGGCAGAAAGUCGAGAAUGCGGGGGCAGCCAUGGCACUGUCAGCGAAGAAUUGCUGGGAACAGAGUCUUCAGGUCAGCUCCUUCAGGCGGAUGAAGAGGAAAAGGAAGAAAAUUUUACAGGAACAAGUUUAUUACCGAAUGAUAGCCAGACUGAACCUCAAAUUGACACUUUCGAGCAGUAUAUUGAACAGACAGUAGAAACUAAGGCUAUGAUGGGAGACAAGCAGCUGCAGAACGAGACGGCAGCUUUCAUAGAACGGGAAAGAAGUGUAUUGCGGCCUGUAGAUGUUGCAGUAGAGGCGUCGGUCGAACGAGAGGAUAGGAAGCUGCGAGAAGGGGUAGAUAGCGGGUUGGGUAAUGCUGAGAUGAAGGCAACAGAGAGUCAAAAAGAGGCUGAAGACGUGCAGGAGCUGGCAGCAGUGGGAAAUGAUCGAGAGGUACAGCCAGAUGGGCAUCAGCUAGAGCAACACAAGUCACCGGCAGACAAUGACCAGGGGAAGGUUCAAGGGACACCAUCAGAUGAGAGGCAGUCAGAGGAGUACAAGGCACCGUCAGACGAGUUGAAGAAGAUUGAUACACUGUCUGAUCUUCAGCAGCUGGAGAUGGGGCCACAGUCAGAUGAGAGGCUGUCGAAAGAGCGUGGGAUAGAGGGAGAUAUGUGUCAGGUGGAGGAGCAAGACCAUUCCCAGUUGGAAGGUAGUGGGGUAUUACUGGAUCACGGGCAGUUGGAGAACCAUUUGACACCUUUAGAUCCAUGCCUGUUGGAGGAAGGUGCAAUGCCAGCAGAAGAGUCCCAAUCAGAAGAUCUUGAGACAUUAUCAGCUCAUCACCAAUUGCAGAAUCUGGGGAUACCAACAGAUCAGCUGGAGGAGCAAAGGACACUGGGAGGCAAAGUCAGUGAAGAGGAACACGGAAUACCACCAGACAAAAAACAGUCGGAAGAGCGCGCUACACUGCCGGAGACGCCGCAGUCGGAGGAUCUCGCAACACUACCGCGCCGGCGAUCGUCAAAGGAGCGAGGGACACCAUCAGACGAGGAUGAGUUGGAGGAGCAACGACAACUGUCGUCAAGCCAGCAGCAGUUGGAAGACCCUGGAACACCAGCAGAGGAGGCCGGGGUGGGGGAGCGCACAACGCCGGUGCCGGCAGAGCGGCGACAGGUGGAGGGCUGUGGCCCAGAGCCCGCCGCGAUGCACACAGACGAGUGGCGGCCGGCCCAGCAGUGGGAGGGCCACGUGACCGCCGCCCCCGCCGCCGCCGACGCCCCCCGCAGCCGCGCAGGCAACGGCGCAGCGCAGAGAAGUGCAGGUGUUGGCAGCGAGGCGGACGACCUUGCGCGCCCAUAG